AAGUACAAUAUUGUUAUAGAGCUUUUCUUCUACGACAUUAAGGACUAGUUGCAGUUUCUAUUCCUAUUUUUUUCAUGUUAGGUUUUUGUUUAUUAAAACGAAAUCCUAUCGUGUCCAGCAACUCAAUUGAGUAGACCUUCUAUCAUUUAAAAGAAAUUUUGGAUUAUCAUAGUUGACUUCAGUCAUGUUUCAGUUUUAUUAAAUGUUAAAGUGGACUAUUUUUCGGAACUUAUAUCGAGUAAAUUUUAGUGAAGAAACUUGUAAAAAUCCCCUAAAGUGGUUUGGCGAAACGUGCAACGGUACUUACGAAUUCAAAAACUUUGAAAACUGGUCUGUAAAACAGUGGUUAGCUAAAUUGAAGAGAUGCUAACGACAACGGUAAAAGCCUUGAUGACCUACGUCUGUCCUUCCGCUGCAAGGAGAAAAAACCGGAGAGACAAAGUCACCAUUAUUGGAGCUGGUUCGGUUGGGGUUGCUUUGGCAUAUACGCUGCUAACUCAGAAAAAGACUUCCGAAUUGGUACUAAUAGAUAAGAGCGAAGAGCAGCUCCAGGGAGAGCACAUGGACAUGAUUCAAGGUGCCAUGUUCAUGGAGAGUCCGAGGAUCACUUCAACCACAGAUUAUCAUAAAACUGUCGACUCUUGCGUCGUGAUCAUCACCGUCGGGGCCGUGAUGCAAGAAGACGAAAACGAAAUGGACGCCGCUAAAAGAAAUGCAGAAAUUCUAAAAGAAAUCGUACCGGCUAUAGUUAAGGAGAGUCCUGAAGCUGUAGUCGUUGUUAUGACUCAACCAGUUGAUAUUUGCUCCUACAUUGUGUGGAAACUCAGCAAGUUUCCGGCCCAUCGGGUUAUAGGCUCCGGCACCUGCCUACAGUCGGCGAAUUUUAAAAGCCUCAUAGCUGAAAGGCUUGGCGUGAGCCCAAGCGCAGUGCAGGCUUGCAUCAUUGGAGAACCAGGGCAAAAAAGUAUCCCUGUAUGGUCAGGGGUAACCAUAUGUGGGGUACGACUGAAAGAUAUUAACGCUGAUAUUGGUACCGAUGAAGAUCCUGAAGAUUGGAACUAUAUUCAUAAAGAAAUUGUUAAGAAUUCCAAUUGUAUAAAAAGUAUAAAAGGUCACGAAGCUCUGAGUAUGGCGCAAGCUAUGGCGAAAAUUACAUCGGCUAUACUAGAAGAUACAAGAGAGUGUAUGCCAGUAUCAACACAUAUAAGGGGUUGUAGACACAAGGAUAGCGACGCUGGUGAUAGGAAGGAUGUUUAUUUGUCCUUGCCUUGCAUUUUAAGCAGCUGCGGAGUGUCCUACAUCGUUCGUCAGCAGCUAACCGAAAAGGAGAAAAAUUUGCUUCAGAAAUCAGCCGAUAAAAUGAAUGAAAUACAGUCAGGCCUUGAUCUAACAUUAUCUGAAAUGUACGCAAAUAAAUAAAAAAAAUAAACGAAAAAUUAUA